AUGGGGACCCAACGAGGCUUCCAUCGAGAUCAGAUCACUCCAAAUUUUUUCGAGAAGCGUCCACAGUUGCAGAAAGCUGUCGUCGGGAUGUUGACUGGAGGUAAUGGGUUCUGCACUGGAGAGAUACUCCUGCCCAUCGUGAAGAGCGCUUCAGGCCUCACUGCCCGUAGCAUUCAACAUACAGUAGCAAGACAAGCUCACCAUAAACAUGAAUCUGAUCUUCAUGACAAAUAUGGCAACAUUAUUCUGCUUGGUGGAGUUGUGUUUUGUGCCUCCAUUUGGACUUACGUUGUGACACAAACUGGGAUUGAGUGGAAUUUUUCUCCUGUUGGCCAAGUAACCCCAAAAGUAUGGAGAGCGAAAUGGAGAUGUCUUCAUCCAUGUCUUGGAAAUGUUGGGAGCAACCAUGAACUGGUCUGAUCUUUCACCGUAACACACUUCUGCCAUGCCUGUAAUGG